UUAUUUUAAAAAUUACGUGUGGUGGCUAAGGUGCUAACUAAAUCCUUUAUCCGUAAUCAUGGUUUCCCACGAUCUACUUCCCCGCGGUUGAUUGGUGGAGACUGUUCGGUUAAAGGCGGAACUGACCUUAAGUAACUUUCUGGUUCAUAUCGAUGAGAUAAACAGUUGUUAUGUUCUUCAGGUCUCUGGUAAAGAGUGCCUGCACUCUGAUUGGAACCGCGACAACUUUUAAGUUUGUGUCUGUGAAAGUCCAAGCCCAAGCAGCUGCUCUUCUUCACAGCCCAGUGAGGAAAUCAUCUGUGGUGGAACAAGCAAAUAUGAACAUUGAACUUCUUCCAGCACUCAGUGACAACUAUAUGUACCUGCUCAUUGAUUUGGACUCCAACGAAGCAGCCAUCGUUGAUCCAGCUGAGCCAGCGAAGGUUGUAGAUGCUGUCAGAAAACGUGGGGUCAAACUCACAACAGUCCUGACCACUCACCACCACUGGGAUCAUGCUGGUGGAAACGCAAAGCUGUUGCAUUUUGUUCCAGGUCUGAAGGUAUACGGAGGAGAUGACAGAGUUGAUUGUCUCACAGACAAAGUUUCUCACUCCAGUACUUUCAAAGUUGGAUCACUCAAUGUCAAAUGCCUGUUCACGCCGUGUCACACAACAGGACACAUCUGUUACUAUGUGACAAAAGAAGACAGCGCUGAGCCACCCGCUGUUUUUACAGGGGACACACUGUUCAUGGCCGGCUGUGGUAAAUUCUUUGAGGGUACAGCAGAGCAAAUGUACAAAGCUUUGAUCAAAAUUUUGGGACAACUUCCUCCUGAAACGCAUGUUUACUGUGGUCACGAGUACACCGUCAGUAAUCUGAAAUUUGCACGUCACGUGGAACCAGACAGUGAUGUAAUUCGGAAGAAGCUAGCGUGGGCAAAGGAGAAAGUCAGCAAUGGAGAGCCCACCAUUCCGUCCACUUUGGCAGAUGAAUUCACCUUUAACCCUUUCAUGAGAGUCAGAGAGAAGUCCGUCCAAGAUCAUGUAAAGCAGACAGACCCGAUUGAAACCAUGAGAAGUCUCCGCAAAGAAAAGGAUAGCUUCCGUGUUCCUAAAGAAUGAUUUUCCUCGUGAUGUUUUAGUCAUUAGAGCCAUUUGUCUAUGAUCAUAUUGUCCACAGUGAUGCACUACAGAAAAAUAUCCACUGUUCACUUUAUAUCAUAUUUCAAACACGUCUUCGGCUUCGAGCUGUGCAUUUUAUUUACUCUGUGUUCAGCCCUGAUACGGCUCUAAACAUAUCUGUUGUUGUUUCAUUUCUUUUUUUGGCAGCAGUUUGUCUGCAGUUCUAAGGAAUAUAUGGCCAUUAAUUAUUUCAGUAAGAUGUUUAAUCUUUAAACCAAGCUUUAGAUCUAUAGAGUGUCAUGUAGUAUAUGAUGUAAGAAAAAGUUUUAAAUAAAAAAAUGGAGCCUGCUUGAAUAAUAAAUGUAAAAUGUGUUUUAAAAGA